GGACAUGGGAAACUCUCGGCGGCCUCGGCUCCAGCGCACGGCGAUCGACCACCUCACCCGCACAGCGGACGAGCCGCGCCAAGAGGUCGUCUCGGACGCUCGCAUCACGGCCAUUCGGGAGGAGACCCCGACGGUGCGGGAGAUCAGCCUGGAGGUGAGCAACCCCGCGUUCACGUUCCGACCAGGCAACUGGGUAGACUUCUUCAUCGAUGGAUGCCCCAAGGUUGGGGGCUACUCGAUGUGCUCGGUGCCCGCUGAACUGCCUGUCCUCAGGCUCGCCGUGAAGCGGUCGCAGCACCCACCCGCAGCUUGGUGCCAUUCCGAGGCAGCCCAGCCGGGAGCUGACGUCCAGAUCAAAGCUGGCGGCAAGUUCGACUGGGAGGUUUUCCCAGACAGCGCGGGGGUGGGGCACCUGCUGCUGGUCGCCGGCGGCAUUGGCAUCAACCCGUUGUACUCGAUCUUGCAGGCGGCCACCACGACGCCCCGCGAGUCUGCGCCGGAGCUCCAGAGGAAGGGAUAACGCUGCUGUACUCGGCCUCGAGGCCCUCUGAGCUGGCGUUCCGCGGGCACCUGGAGCGGCUCGCCAGACGACCGCAUCAGGCUUGCGCUGCACGCCACGCGCUCCGAGGAGGAGCCGUGGUCUGGGCCCUCGGGGCGCAUCGGUGACGCCCAGCUGGAUGCCGCCUUGGCCGACGCCGCUGUGCCACCAGAGGAGGUCCUCUCGUACGUGUGCGGCCCGCCCAAGAUGACGGACGAGCUCGUCGCGCUGCUGCGCGCCCGCGUGCCGCGCGCCCGCGUGCGCUUCGAGAAGUGGUGGUGAGCUCCAGCCGCAGGAGGGGUGGGGCGCGAGGGCCGCCGGUCGGGUGACCUGCCGCCCGGAGGGGAAGAGCUCGAGGGGCCAACGCCGAGCGCGGGUGAACUUUCAUUGGGCCGAUGUAUGCUUGUUCAGCCCGACUACAGCGCGCCAGUUUUGAGAUACGUCUGAUCAUUCUUGUUCAGCCCGGUUGUUGUAGAGCUGUUCGGUUGUUCCAGAGCGCUACGGCGUUGCUGUCGGCCAGGUGUUGCAUUGGGCACCGCUUUGGCGCGCUGCAAAUCGUGACCAGCCCGCUUUCGCGCUCUGAUUUGCCGCGCAUUGGCGCUCAAGCUGGCUUGCUUUGAAUUCGGUGCCACAUCAUCGUUGCCGUCCCUGUGCGGCUCAAGCCCGUGCAAAACGCGGGGCGAAUUGCUGGCAUCCCUUCCCUGAUUUGUCUCUUUCGCACAAGUCCUGCCCACUGGUGCUCCAAGGUCGGGGUCCGUGGCUAUCAGGUUAUUUUUUCUACUAAUUCAAAGGUCUGCCACACCACGUCCACAGGAGAAGGAAGGGAG